AUGGUGAGCCAUGGUAACGACUACGAGGCCAGGCUCGUGGCUGCGCAGCACAGCAAAAACAUCAACAACAAAGUCACCCGUGGCCAUUCUUGCACACAGUGCUCACGCCGCAAGGUCAAAUGCGACGGCAAGCGACCGUGUUCCUCCUGCCUGAAAGGAUCCCGUGCUGCACAUUGCCAUUCCGCGCGGCCUGCCACUCUCACACGCGUGCGCGAGGCUAGGAUCACCGAGCAGGCCCUCCUCGACCGCCUCCGUCACUACGAGUCGCUUCUCACCGCAAAUGACAUCCCCUUCCCAGAGCAUGUCGCUGACUAUAGCGAUCUCGCCAUGACUGAGCCUGGUACGCCGGCAUCUAAGACAGACGAUGGCCAUAUUAUCAUCCAGAGAGGCCACCCACGAUUUGUUGAUAAUACCAUAUGGAACCCCCUAAGUGACGAGCUAGACGAUGAGUACACUAGUUAUGGCGAUGACGAUGAGAUUAUUGACGGGCAGGUCUGGGGCCCAGCCACACCAGAAAACCUGAUCUUUAAUCAAUGGUCGCCAGCCGUUGGAGAGCUUAACCAUCCUGGUCCCACUAUCCCUCAGAUAUUAAAGCUAUGGCAAGUCUUCAUCGACAACUUCAACCCACUCAUCAAGUUACUUCAUGCCCCAACAGUGCAGGCGACUAUCCACGAGGCGGUGGCCGGCGAUGGGAGUCUCAAUAAGAGCAGCAAGGCUCUUUGGUCUUCCAUCUAUCUAUGCGCAGUUACAACCCUGACCGACGAAGAAUGCAUCACCCAAAUGGACGAGCCGAAAGGCACCCUCUUGACCCGCUUCGCGGCCAUGACGCAGCAUGCUCUCCAGCAGGCCGAAUUUCUCAAGGCUACGAAUCCAGUGACACUCCAAGCGUUGACGUUGUUCCUGCUCGCGAGCCGCCGCCGCAUGGACGGGCAAAGCCUCUGGCUGCUCACUGGUCUCGCAAGUCGGCUCGCAAAGGCUAUGGGGCUCCAUAGAGAGCAGAGCCUGAAACAGCUUCAGCCCUUCGAAGCUGAGAUACGCAGGAGGUUGUGGUGGCAGAUCGUCAUCAUGGACAGCCGGUCGGGACAGCUCUUAGGCGCAUCAAGCGAUGCGUCCUUCCACGAGACGGCGGAUACCAAGCUCCCGGCGAACAUCAGCGAUAGCGAUCUAUCCCCCUUCAUGAGGGAGGCCCUGACUAGUCACGAGGGCCCCACCGAGAUGCUUUUCUGCACCAUUCGAUGUGAGAUCGGGCAGUGUAUGCUGCGCCUGCGGACAUGCACUGUGCCACCAAUUCCAGAGAAGCAGCAACAAGUUAUCGACUUGUGCGAAAAGAAGCUAGACUCAUUGCUGAAGCAUUGCGACCAGUCCAUCCCUCUAUACCUGAUGUCUGUCUUCCUUGGACGGUCGGCAAUCUGCCAGAUGCGAUUCUCCGCACUGCAGGCGAACGAAAACGCCAACUCCCCCGCUACCAAGGACCGCAUCUUCCACCUCGCGCUACAGAUAUUGGAGUACGAUAGCCUGACCAUUUCCCACCCAAGCCUCCAGGGCUUCCUCUGGCACGUCCGAUACAGCUUCCCCUUCCAGUGCCUGAUCUUCGUCCUGACGGACCUUCUCAACCGAACACAGCCCGGCGACCAGCUCCAGCUCCAGCGUGCAUGGAAUGUGAUCAGCCGGGCCUAUGAGGACCAUCCCGAAUUGAUCAAAGAUGUUAAGAAUCCCCUCUACGUUGCUCUUGGUAAUCUGGCCGUCAAGGCCUGGCAUCGUUGCUGCGAGGGGGAGGCCCAGACGGCGCCGCUGGCCUCCCCAGGCUUGCUGAAAAGCUCAGCUAUUAGCACUCUGCAGCUACAGCGCUCUACGCGGGCGCCGAAUAAUGCUGCACAGUCUGAUGCGCUCACCCAGCCGACGGCUGUCGAGGACGGUGGGGGUUCCUGGUCAGAGGGACAUGACGAUGGACCUCUGCGAACCAUGGACUUUUCGCAAUUCCUGGCCGGUGACCUGGCUGUUCCCUGGGCACCGAUUGAGGACGGAUGGUAG